AUUACCUACCUACAAGUAAUGACGUAAAACACUUUUUUAGUAAUCAAAAUUAAUAAUUUCAAUAAUAAUAAUAAUUAUUAUUUAAUAUCCAGUUUCACGAUCUUGUCCACCGUGUACUAUAAUUUAUUUAAUUUAUAAUACACUCGGACACUUCACUACCUGCUCCAGAGGAUAAUUUAAUUUCUAUUCGACAAGGGCCCUGCAGGGAACACGUACCUACACAUAACGGUCACGAUUUCAAUGGAAUUGUAUAGGCUUAAGGUCGCAUACAAGUGUUAGGUGCGCGCGCAUACUGUAAGGUACAAUAUAAAUUCAAAAAAAAAAAAUCACGACGAACGUGCGUACACGUUUUGAGUGUACGGAAGGCAUUAGGUACCUGCGCCAAAGCCAUACUUCUUGCGACGGUGCGUACGAUAUUACAUUAAUUGUGCGGUGGUAGUGAAUGGCACCGAAUGCCGGCAAUAAAGUGAAUUUAAUUUGUAAAAGUAAAUAUAUUUGUAUAUCGAUUUCCUUCUUAUUAUUUAUUUACCAUCUUAUCUGUCACAGUUCGUCGAUAUAAUUGUUGGAUUGGAAUCAUUAUAGUAAAUUAUAAUCGGUCCUUAUUUUUAUAUAAUUUGUCCCCUCUCCGGUGUCGAUCGUUAAAAAAAUAUCUUUUAAAACGUUUUUUAACCAGUCUAUUGUUUGGUCGUUCGGGUUCGGUUUACUUUUACUGCGUUUCGUUUAGAAACUGAGUAUUAACGUUGUUUUUUAUUUACAAUUUUAAUUUUUCUACUUGUAAACACCAAAUGAUGACAAAAUAUUAAAUAAUCAUGGCCGAUUAUUGUUUAGUGCCCACAAUGGGUGAUCCACAUCCCACGUCGAUUGAAACUAAAGGGCUGUCGAGGAAAGUUGAUGAAGAAGAGAAAGUUCAUAUCCCUGAAUCAAGCAUGGCAGGAUUUAGUUUUCGAAAACUAUGGGCAUUUACAGGUCCUGGAUUUUUAAUGAGUAUUGCCUACCUUGAUCCAGGUAACAUAGAAUCAGACUUACAGUCUGGAACGACUGCUAGGUACAAGUUAUUAUGGGUGUUAAUGAGUGCUACCAUUUUGGGUUUGGUAAUGCAACGACUAUCGGCUCGCUUAGGUGUUGUUACCGGUCUUCAUUUAGCUGACAUGUGUUAUCACCAGUACAGAAAAGCCCCAAGACUAUUUGUUUGGCUGAUGAUGGAAGUUGCUAUCAUUGGUUCAGAUAUGCAAGAAGUCAUUGGUACUUCAAUUGCAAUUUAUUUACUGAGUAACAAAAUGAUACCACUUUGGAUAGGAGUGCUGAUCACUGUCAUUGAUACUUUAUCUUUUUUGAUGCUGGACAAGUAUGGACUUCGAAAAUUGGAACUAGUGUUUGGUGUAUUCAUUUUUAUAAUGGCAUUGUCAUUUGGAUAUGAGUUUGCAAUUGUUCAACCCAAUAUAAAAGAUAUGGCUAAAGGAUUAGUUACUCCAUGGUGUUCAAAUUGUCAAGAAUCUGCUCUUCUUCAGGCUGUCGGGAUUAUUGGAGCAAUCAUAAUGCCACAUAAUCUAUACUUACAUUCAGGCCUAGUCAAGACUAGGGAAGUUGACAGAACAAAAAAACACAAAUUACAAGAAGCCAACUAUUAUUUUUUUAUUGAAUCUGCUAUUGCUUUAUUUGUAUCAUUUGUGAUCAACGUAUGUAUUGUAUCAAUUUUUGCUCAUGGAUUAUACGAUAAAACAAAUAGUGAUGUGUUGGAGAUCUGUACCAAAAACAAUAAUACAUAUUCAGAUAUUUUCACAAAUGAUACCACAUUAAUAGAAGUUGAUAUAUACAAAGGUGGAGUAUUCCUGGGUUGUCAAUUUGGCAUAGGUGCUAUGUACAUUUGGGCAAUUGGUAUUUUAGCUGCCGGUCAAAGUAGUACAAUGACUGGAUGUUAUGCUGGCCAAUUUGUAAUGGAAGGGUUUUUAAAUCUUCAAUGGAGCCGAUGGAAAAGAGUUGGGUUUACUCGGCUGGUUGCUAUAGCACCCACAUUUUAUGUGGCAUUUUUUAGUAAUAUUAAUGAUUUGACUGGUAUGAAUGACCUAUUGAAUGCAGUAAUGAGCUUACAGCUACCAUUUGCUACACUUCCAGUGAUUGCAUUCACUAGUAAUCCUAGAAUUAUGGGAGAGUUUACCAAUGGAUUGGCAAAUACUUUAAUAACAAUUAUUUUGUCUGCUAUUAUAAUAAGUAUAAAUAUAUACUUUGUAAUCCAUCACACAAUCACUAAUUUCACUUACAAUUUGACUUUAAUAAUUGGAGUUAUAGGAUAUAGUACAAUUUAUUUAUUGAUGUGCGCUUAUCUUACACUACAUCUCAUUAUCAGUAUGCUGGAUGAUGGUAGUAUGUUACGUAAAAAUCCAUUUAUUAUUCGAUUUAUUGGUCCACAAAUUGGAAACACUUUUUCUAAACAUCAACAAACAAAUUCUUCACAACCAAGCAGCCAAGAUGACAUAACUAAUAUCAAGCUAUAAUAAUGGAUAAUGAUGGAAUGUUGUUGCAUAUGUCAAAAAGAUUGAACUUAAUACCACACUACUUGCAAGUAUAUUACUAAUAUUAUUUAUGACUCUCCCCCCUUUGGUUUAAGUCUAUUUUUUGUUUAUGUAGGUUGUUAUGUUUAUACUAGCAUUAAGCUAUUUUUUAUGCUAUUCAUUAUUCAAUUAUUUUUUAUAUUUGUAAAUAAUUUUAUAAUUUUAAUCUUGGUUGAUAGAAUAACAUUUUUUAUCCUAUUAAUAUUAACAGUCCUAAAGGUACCUAAUUUCAAAUUAUUAUAAAACCUUUUUUGUUUCAAAUGUAGUU